AUGUUCUGCGCCAAGCUGAAGGAGCUGAAGAUCACGGCUGAGUGCCCGUUCUCAGUGCCAGUUAAAGAUGAAGACGACGGGGAUGAAGAAGGGGGGGCAGCGCCAACGAUUCCUAAACACGUCGCCAACGUCGCGCCGAAACGCAAAACCAGUCGGGGCAAAGUUAACCUGCAUUCACUGGGAGAGAGCAUCCGCAAACUGGUGUGCCCAGAGUUCGAGAAAUUGAGAAGUGCGAUGAUGAGUGUGAUGAAACAGCAAACACGCAACACAGUCUGUCCUGCUGAACACAAAGAGUUUUAUCAGCGAUUAGAGAAACCUGAACAUUUACAGGAUGUGAUGAAGAGUUACUCAAAUAAAACAGGCGUUCCCAUGGAUGCCCUGAAGCUCUCUUUGGGUUCGGAGGUUUUCCGCGACUGCUACGAGGAAGACGCCCAUGUUCUGCGGGUGGUGGGCGGCGCCCUGCACGACUUCCUGAACAGCUUCAACGUCCUGCUGAAGAAAAGCGCCCCGCCCACCGCAGACGCCCGGCGGCACGUGUACCAGGCGUCCGUGCUCUGCUUGGAUAAGGACCCGGGUCUGCUGACCGUCUAUUACUUCAACCCUCACUCCACCACUGAGCUCUUCUUCCCGGGCAUCAUCCAAGCCGCCGCCCGCUUCCUGUACGGGAUCAGCGUGGAUGUGAAGACGGACGAAGAGGGUGCCGUCCUUUAUGCGGGGCACCAACCCCACCUUCUGUACUCCAUAGCGGUGAGGGACGCCAGGACUCUGACCCCGAGCCCCAUGAGGACGCAUUCAUCCGGGCACAUCCCCCUCUCGCUGCUCUACUCCACCUUCCCCUUCCACAUCCUGUUAGAUCAGGACAUGGGCAUCCUGCAGAUGGGAGAUGGGUUGAGGAGGAGAUUAGGGCGUGGCAGGGAGGGGCAGAGGAGGCCCUCGUUCCAUGAGCACUUUCUGAUCGUCCUGCCCGAGAUCCAGGCGGAUUUUCAGGGCAUUCUCACCAUGCUGAAUACGCAGUUCAUACUGCGGGUGAAGCAACAAGCAUCGAGCGCCACCGCCAGCUGUGACAAGCACAUGGACCUGAAGGGUCAGAUGAUCUUCAUGUCGGAGGUGAACGCCGUGCUGUUCCUCGGUUCUCCGUGCGUUGACCGUCUGGAGGAACUCACCGGGCGCGGCCUCUACAUGUCCGACAUUCCCAUCCACAAUGCCCUGCGGGAUGUGGUGCUGGUGGGAGAACAGGCUAAAGCUCAGGACGGUCUGAAGAAGCGGCUGGGUAAAGCCAAAGCAGCUUUGGAGAACGCUCACCAGGCUUUAGAGGAAGAGAAGCGCAAAACCGUGGAGCUGCUCUUCACCAUUUUUCCUGGUAACGUGGCACAGCGGCUGUGGCAGGGACUUCCUGUGCAGGCCAAGAAAUUCAACGGCGUGACCGUGCUCUUCUCCGACAUCGUGGGCUUCACGGCUAUCUGCUCGCGCUGUACGCCCAUGCAGGUGGUGAACAUGCUGAGCGCCCUCUACACUCGCUUCGACCGCCACUGCGGAGAGCUCGACGUCUACAAGGUGGAAACUAUAGGCGACGCCUACUGUGUGGCGGACGGUUUGCAUAAGGAGAGCCCGACUCACGCUGUCCAAAUUGCCCUGAUGGCUCUGAAGAUGAUGGAGCUGUCGGAUGAGGUCACCACCCCCAUGGGCGAGGUCAUCAGGAUGCGUAUUGGGAUCCAUUCGGGUUCAGUUCUGGCGGGUGUGGUGGGGGUAAAGAUGCCCCGAUACUGCCUCUUCGGAAACAAUGUGACUCUAGCCAACAAAUUUGAAUCAUGCAGUGUUCCGGGGAAGAUAAACAUCAGUCCUACGACCUACAGGUUGUUAAAAGGUCGACCCGAGUUCAGUUUCCAUCCUCGAUCGAGAGAAGAACUUCCACCCAACUUCCCCUCCGACAUCCCGGGCAUCUGUUACUUCCUCGAGGCGGCUCAAACAUAAAUCAAACACGCACCAGACGAAACCUGUUCCCCUGCCAUGACACGCCCUCGGAGUGGGUGGUGCCCUGCAGGGGGCGACGGUAUGAUCUCCCAGCUGAAGAACGUAGCGAGUUAUCCAGCAAUAGAACGUCCCAAAAAACUCUGGACAGAGCAGCUGGUUUACAGCACAGCACCGAUUCCACUGAGCUCUGAGUUCCAGAUUCAUGCAAAUUGAUUCGAUUAUCAGCCAUGUCCUUAUAUUUAUGAUCAAAGCCUCAGUUGCACCAGAAACUUCACCUACACCAGGAUUUGCCCAGUUCAGCCAGUGUGGUUCAGUUAGCAGUUUAGCUGCGACGUAGCAUUUUAACUGUAGCUCUGAAUGCAACUUAGCAUCUCAAAGUCAGGUCCCACAUGAACACAUAAGAAAUUUUUGAGCCUCACUGUUACCAUGUCAGAAAACAAGCUAAGCUAAUUUAGGCCAAAACACAACCAGAAAACACAUGAACACCUUCUGAUCAUCUAAUACAGACAACUGAUUGUACACAGGAUCUAUAUUUUUAUUAAAUUAAUGUAAUCAGUGAGUAACGUCGUAUUAAUAAUCACUGUGUAUUUUCACUAAACAUUGUACUUCAUUCCCUCACGCUGUGCUUCCGUUUAUUGUCAUAAAUCAUCCCUAAACCAAAUGCACCCUCUGUCAUGCUUCACAGGUGGGAUCAGCCUGCAGUGGCUUUUUAUUUAUUCUAAACAUUAUUUGUUUAUGCAAAUUAUUGCUGUUUGUCUUUAUUGACAUUUUUCACAAUUGGGUUCAUAUUAUUUAGGGGUUCAUAUUGUUCGCUUCAUCCUGAUCUGAUGAGGUGUUUUUCCAUCCAGGCCUUUUUUGUCUUCGUAGUAGACAAUACAAACAAUUUUUAAGCACAUUUUAGAAAUUUCGGAAGCUCUUUUCUUAAACUCUUGGUUUUUUUUUCAUCUCUGUUAGCAUUGCACAUUACACUGUUCUGAUGGUGCAAUUCUCACAGGAAACUUCUAGACACAGUGUAAUAAAAGUGUUUCUGUUUAUUGCAGAUUAAUGGGUGAUUCAGGUGUUUAAAAAGCUUUUUUUAUUGUUUUUGCAAACCUUCAGGCAUCUUUUAAGUUUGGUGUGAUUGGGUUUCGGUUCUUUUUUGAAGGCAGAACCUCUCUAUACAUUCAAACAUCUGCCUUUUGAAAAGAUUGUCGGCCCAAAGGUUCACGUCCGUUUUCUGCUCUGGAUUGUAAAUGGUUAAAGUGUUGAAUACAAUAAGGAUUAUUAUUAUUAUUACACUAAUGAAUUUUGAAUUGCAUUUUUUUUUUUUAAAUAUCGCAGAAAUCCAGGUGAAUUUUUUUUGUUUUUGGAUAAUCUAGGGCCGAUGGAACUCCUUUAUUUGUCAUAUAUAUUUAGAUACACUCCUUCAGUACAAUGAAAUUCUUAAUCUGCAUAUCCAAAGAAGCUGAGGGCUUUGCCCAACACUUGCUGCAUGGCAGAGCCGGGAUUCAAACUCACAACCUUCCAGUUGGUUGGCUACCACUGCCCCCUAUAAAAUGGAAGUGACUGAAUAAAUCUAAGCUUAUCACCAGCACAACCAGAAUCACACCAGUUCCUUCCAUUUCUACUGAGAGUUUCCCAGCAUCGGAACAUGGCUGAUGGUUCGAACUCUCUGCAUACAGCAGAUCAGAUCACAUUCAUGUACUUGUGUUGCUCACAAUCACUGUAAUCACUGUAAUCACUGUAAUAAUCACAUCAUCACUCGACCACACUGAAUGUUCUACUUGUUCCACUACAAAUAAACAUUUAUAACUAUGUAACGUGAUUUUUGUAUUGUAAUAGAGAUCUAAUAAAUAUUGUGACUCCUUAA